AUGGCAGGAGGAACUGUUCAUUCGUUUUCGCAGCCGCUUGUUGUGGAAAACCCUUCAUCAAUGACAGGCUCGAUACGAAAUCUUCUCUCGAAUACACUUGCACCAUUUCAACAAGAAUAUCGACAUUGGCCAUGGACACAAAUAGGAACCAUCGUUGUCGUAUGUAUUGGUUCCUAUACAGUUUAUAGAUAUUUACCUGGCGCUUAUCGGCGAUAUUACAUGUCAUCAACGAGGAACUUUUCUCAGCGAUAUAAUGAUGCACUUCGUUCUGAAAAAGAGAAACUCUUCAACGAAUUAAGACAUGUGAAAACGAGAGAAGAAGGAAGAAAAAUUCAAGUUGUAGAAAUCGGUGCUGCACAUGGUGCUAAUAUGGCAUUCUAUCCUCCACACGAAGUGGAGGUCAUUUGUGUAGAGCCUAUACGAGAAUUUGAAGUGUAUUUAACUCAAUCACUUCGACAAAAUCCCCAUGUGAAAUGUAGAGAACUACUAGUCGGCGGUGCAGAAAAUAUUUCUGUUAUCCGAGAUGAUCAAGUUGAUGCUGUGGUUUCAACGCUAACACUCUCAUCUUGCAAAGAUGUCAAUCAAGCAUUACGUGAAGUUCGUCGAAUUCUUAAACCUGGCGGUAUCUUCAUAUACAUGGAGAAUAUUCGUUCAUCAAAUGUUUUCUUUGCUUUUAUUCAAUAUCUUUGUUUACCACUAUACAGAUUUCUAUUCGGAAUUUCAUUGGUUCGAAAUAUUCCUGAAUACAUUGAACGAGCACAUUUUCUUGGCGGUAUUACACAACACGUAUUUGUUGCACAUGGUAUUCCUUUUCUGCUACGUGCUCACGUAUCAGGCAUUGCACGGAAAUGA